GCUUUCCAAAUCGAGUUUGCUUAACCAAGUCACAACGAGCCAAAGAACGCACACCUCAAUGAAUUUCGCGACAGGCGCGUUACUGUAGCUUUUCUUCUCUCCACUACAGCUUUGAAUGGCGUUCAACUUUAGUAACAGCUCUAAUCAGCAGCAAGGUACCACUGGCUUUGGUGGUGGUGGUGGCUUUGGUUCGGCAACGAACACCGGUGGUGGCGGCUUUGGUGCAUUUGGCGGCCAAUCUGCAGCACCCGCACCUACAGCCGGCGCUGCGCCAGCUGCUGGUGGCAGUCUUUUCGGUGGUGGCGCUCCUGCUGCUGCACCAGGUGGUUUCGGUGGUGGUGCUCCUACUGCUGCACCAGGUGGUUUUGGUGGUGGUGCUCCUACUGCUGCACCAGGUGGUUUUGGUGCUGCUGCUACCAACAAGCCAGCAACAGGUGGCUUUGGAUUUGGAGCGUCUACUAGCACUCCAGGCACAACAGGAGGAUUUGGCGCAACAUCGACACCGGCUGCUGGAGGUAGUCUGUUUGGAAGUGCAAGCACUGCAGCUCCAGCUGCUACUACUACUACUGGAGGAUUCUCGUUCGGUGGCGGAACACCAUCGGUAGGUGGAUUUGGAUCGGCUCCUGCUGCUACUACAACUACGCCCGCAGCACCAGCCGGUGGUAGUCUCUUUUCACUUGGUGGCAACACCCCUAAACCAGCUACACCAGCAUUUGGAUCAGCGGCCUCGACAGCUACACCAGCACCUGCCACAAGCGGUGGUUUCUCGUUCGGUGGAGGAGCUGCUGCAGCAGCAGCACCAAACACGACUUCCGCAACACCGGCUUCCGCACCUGCUACAGGAGGAUUUGGCAAUUUUGGAUCACCAAAACCAGCAGGAACAACAACGACUGGAGGAUUCAAUUUGGGUGGAGCCGCAGCAACGCCUAAAACAACUGCCGCAGCUACUACGUCUGCUGCUGGAAGCACCGGCGGCUUUGGUGGUUUUGGCUUUGGAGGUGGUAAUGCUGCCGCUGGUACUGCUGCAGCUUCAACAACAUCUGCAUCUACCACAACACCUGCUACGAGCGCACCCGGCCUGACCACAGCCGCUCCUACUCUUACUACACAGCCUACGGUAUCAGCUCCUGCUGCUACAGCAGCAGCUGGAUCAAGCUCACUCGCCGCACCCGCAGCAACAGCCCCCAAGCCUGUCACAGUACCCACACCAUCAGCGCUUAAAAACAAAAGCAUGGAAGAAAUUUUAAAUUCGUGGACGAAGGAUUUGGAGAGAUACACGCGUGAUUUCCAUAAACAAGCAGCACAAGUAGCAGAGUGGGAUAAACAACUGAUUGACAACGGAAAUAAGAUCUCCAAUUUGCAUGAAGAAGUGACCAAAGUCGAAGUGCAGCAACAGGAAGUGGACCAGAACCUUGCAUAUAUCAAUUCCCAGCAAGACGAUUUGAACAAUAUUCUCGAUCAAUACGAAAAGCAGAUUUCGGAUGUGGUGAAUAUCAGCGACAUGCAACAGACGCCUCAGUUGGCCGAUAUCCAGCGCGAUAAGGCAUAUGGAUUGGCCGAAACGCUUAAUGCUCAACUGGACGACGUGAACCGAAACUUGAAUGUCAUGAUUGAGGAGAUCAACGCCAUGAGCGGAUCGCAACAUACCGAAGGUGCUGCUGAAGAUGAUACCGUUGGACAAAUCGUCAAGAUUCUGAACGUACACUUGUCAUCCUUACAAUGGAUUGAUACGACUACAAUGAAACUACAGAACCGACUCCAGGAAGUCAGCAAUUUGCAAGAGGAGGCAUUGCGAACUCAAGAGCCUAGAAUUCGAGGAGAUUGAAAAAAAAAAGAAAGAGCUGACUCCCUCCCUCCCUUUCCCUUUCACUUCAGUUAGUAUAUUAGCAACCGUCGCUUAUCCACGUAUACACACGCACACACACACACACAGCAAAUACUCACUCACCAACAACAACAACAACAACACACACAUUACAUAAAAUACUAUGGCAUUCCCCUCCCCCCCCCCACCCCCUGACCCUACCGAGAAGAAGAAGAAGAAGAAGAAACAAUGACACAUUACAUAAUAACACAACGUACAUAUACAAAUGAGAAA